CUGAGCUGCUUGAUUUUUAUUCAAAUUAAAAAAAAAAAUCCUUUUUUUUUUGAUUGAUUUUUCCUUGUUAUGAAUCGGUUUUGUUGUCUAUUACUGAUUGGUUUGCUGCUCUGAUUCAUUGAUUCGAUGAGUAUCAUGAAUUUUCCCGCCGAAUAUAAGCAUAUGAUUGGGUGUUUUGGAGAUUUGUUUCCUGUUUUUGGAGAUUCUUUACCCUUUUCAGUUUUCUCUGUUUACUUACAUCAUUCUACUUUAUCUCUUAGCUUGUUCUUAUCUUCGUCUCUCUCUAUUUGAACUCUUCUCUAGGGUUUUAUAUAAACUGUUAAUACGGGAUCUAACUAUCUUCGAAUUCGAGUUGAUUAAAAAUCCGAUCUUGUUUCACGGUAAAAUAUCUCGUGGGUCUCUUUUGGAUUCGGAUGUUACUACUGCUGUUUUUACUAAUUUUUGGUUUUCUAUAAGUCAUAAAGUUCUGUUUUUUAGCUUCUUCUCUGCUAAAUUCAACAGUUUUACUAAUAUAUGAAUGAUUAAACCAUAACCUGUGCUUGUUUGUUUUUACUUGAAGGGAAAAAAUCCAGAAGCUUUGAUUUGAGAAGAAGGUGAUGGGGUCCCGAACUGACUUCAAGAACUUUGUUGAUGGUCUGACUGAUGAAGCUGCAAUUCACCCAAAGCAGCCAAUGAUUGGGACUACUCUUCCAUUGACGAGACAGAACUCGGUGUUCUCCUUAACCUUUGAUGAGUUUCAGAACUCAUGGGGUGGUGGAAUUGGCAAGGAUUUUGGGUCCAUGAACAUGGAUGAGCUCUUGAAGAACAUAUGGACUGCAGAGGAAAGCCACUCAAUGAUGGGGAACAACGCCAGUUUCAACAACAUCAACAAUGGGAACGCUCUUAUCAACAACAAUGGCGGUUUAUCUGUUGGUGUGGGUGGAGAAACUGGUGGUGGUUUUCUCACUGGUGGGAGUUUGCAGAGACAAGGCUCACUUACUUUGCCUCGUAUCAUCAGUCAGAAAACGGUUGAUGAUGUCUGGAAGGAGCUGAUGAAGGAGGAUGACGUUGGAAAUGUUGUUGGUAAUGGUGGGACAAGCGGAAUUCCCCAGAGACAACAAACGCUGGGAGAGAUGACUUUGGAGGAGUUUUUGCUCAGGGCCGGCGUGGUUAGGGAAGAACCUCAACCGGUGGAGAGUGUAAAUAACUUCAAUGCCGGUUUUUACGGAUUUGGCAAUAAUGCAGGUCUCGGGACAGCUCGUAAUGGGAUUGUUGCUAACCAGCCUCAUGAUCUUGCUGGCAAUGGAGCAGUGGUGAGACCGGAUCUGCUGACAACUCAAACUCAGCCACUACAGAUGCAGCAGCCACAGAAGGUGCACCAGCCGCAACAACUGAUACAGAAGCAGGAGAGGCCUUUUCCCAAACAGACCACUAUCGCGUUUUCCAACACUGUUGAGGCUGUUAAUCAUUCUCAACCUGCAACACAGGAAGUGAAGCCUUCAAUUCUUGGAAUGCGGGACCAUCAUAUGAACAACAAUCUACUGCAAGCUGUUGAUUUUAAAACCGGGGUUACAGUUGCAGCAGUAUCUCCUGGAAGCCAGAUGUCACCUGAUCUGACUCCAAAGAGCGCCCUGGAUGCAUCUUUGUCGCCUGCUCCUUACAUGUUUGGUCGAGUAAGAAAAACGGGUGCAGUUCUGGAGAAGGUAAUUGAGAGAAGGCAAAAAAGGAUGAUAAAGAAUAGGGAAUCAGCUGCAAGAUCCCGCGCUCGCAAGCAAGCUUAUACGAUGGAGUUGGAAGCAGAAAUUGCGCAACUCAAAGAGUUGAAUGAAGAGUUGCAGAAGAAACAAGUUGAAAUCAUGGAAAAGCAGAAAAAUCAGCUUCUGGAGCCACUGCGCCAGCCAUGGGGAAUGGGAUGCAAAAGGCAAUGCUUGCGAAGGACAUUGACGGGUCCCUGGUAGAGUUUAUAAUAUUGUCCAAGGAACUCAACAAAGCGCAGAAGCUAUAGAACAACAGAGAAAAUAGAAAGCUAGCUUUGUAUGUAGUUUAGGCAUUUCUAUGGGUGGUUGUAAAUCGUGAAAUGUGGCCGGUUUGACAGAGAUAGAUCAACACUUUUUAUUCUGUUUUUCUGAAGCAUCUUUUGGUUUUAUCGUCCUGAUGUAACAGAUCUUGAUCAGUGUCUAGAACAUCUUUGUGACUUAA